GAUCAAAACAAAACAAAAAUCUUCCUUCGGUCGGUCGGCUCGAUGGUGUUUCCAUAAUCUGCUUACCGAUGUUCCGAGGAUGACUAAUCUAUUGUGUCCCGACCAAAGCAUCAGCCCGUCUGCCAUUCGACGCUGGAAGCAAUUGGUUGAACAAGAUCUCCAGGAUGGAAACCCGGAAAAGGUACAAAACUUCAACCAACAGCUGCUCCAGAUGGAUCCCGGUACCGUGCAGCUGCUGCAGGGAUACUACCUUCGUGCUCUUAUCUCGCUGCUGGAUAACGCAACGGGACCAAAUCGAAAAGAAUUGCAAACCACCGUACUGGAGUGCAUCUGUACGAUCCUGACGAAAAGCAAACUGCGCGAAGCGGUGGCCCUCAAAACCAUCCUGGUGGUACUGCUGGUGCAAAUAUACGACACCACGAGUAAGCAGUUGGUGGGGAACCUUUCGGAGGAACACAAGUUGGCUAUUCUGACGGGGUUAACACUUGCCUCCAGGAACAUCCAAUCGGAUCUGGUGGAGCAGGUUUACGUUCGGGAUAAUUUGAACCUGCUGUCGCAGGUGUUAUUUGUUUGCGUGAGUAUUAUCGAGACGGAACGAUACAGAAAACUUCGCUUUCAAGCGAUUGACUGCAUUCUGGCUACGAUGCAGCUUCAAGACGAUUCCGAUUGGGAGGAUUCGGUUCUACGGCAUCAAGUCGCCGAACUACUAUUUAUUGUGCUUCCCAAGUUGUUAGCAUCACUGGUUUCGGUUAUUAACGGGGACCGGAAACAGGGAACGGCUGUCGUUCGGAUGGGAAUCAAAGCCCUGGGAAGGAUACUUUGUUUGAUAUUUGAAGAUUACGAAAAGCGGCAGGCGGAGGAAGGCGUGCCAACGGAGGAAUUUUUUAAACUUGCCGAAGAGCUGAAAGGUUCUGAUAGUGGGCAAACGAACGUGUUGGGUUUGGGUCUGCGAAAUUCGGAAGCUAGAGAGGAGUAUUUUAGUAACACAACCAGAAGUCGCGAUUGGUUGCUGGCGGCGGAUAAGAAGGUUCACCAAGUGCUGCAGCUUGUGACGCACUUGAGAGGAGCGGAGGAGGACCUGUUUCGGCAGGAGUAUGCGCGAAUGAAUGCUGAGUUGUUGAAGAAAUGUGUUCCUAAUAUUCCUAUCAGCUCAAUCACGAUCCUUGAAUCGCUACUCGCACUGUGCCAGGACGAAUCGAAAAACAUCCGUGACAUUUCUCUAGCCGGACUGGAACAGUAUUGGAGGGGUAGCAUCUCGAUUGGUUCCUCUCGAAUGGACGAACUAUUGUACGAUCUGCUGAAAGCUAUUCCCCGGAGUAUCUACCGAGCGGAGGAGACCGACCAGGUCGCAAGCUUCGCUCUACUGAAAGGCUACAUCAAAUUUUUGCCAGAUUGUCAGCUGAACGUUAUCCUUUCCAAUCAGGAAACGCUCAAUCAGUUGGUACUGGUGCUGCUUGCUGGUGCAGAGCUGGAUCAAACGGACGAGUUGGUACGUCGAGAGUACGUUGCAUAUCGUUUUCAAUAUGCAGCGAAGGAGUCUGGUCUGGAGCGGGAAAAACGAGAGUCUCGGUGGAUCGUGCUGCGUAAUUUUCAGGGUUCCGACAGAAGCCAGAAAGCGUUUCUAGAUAUGCUUCAUAGUUUGAAGGACCGCCCGGAGAGCCUCGCUACGGUUCUAAACUAUAUCGUGGAGGAUCUUUUCACCACCAAAUUGAAUGCACACGGCUAUUUGUUUCUGCUUUCCGAACUGAUCUCAGACGUUGAAAAUCAACCGCUUCGGUGCAUUUUCAGAAACGUGUUCACGGAAAUUCUUCAAAGCUACCACUGGGAGUUGGAACUACAAGAAACCAUCCACGUUGCCGAUCUAAAAUUCAACGUCCUUCACAUCUGUCUGACACUUCGAACCGUCGCCCGUUUCUGUCGGCUUUUUCGAGAGGACUUCGCCAGCUGGCAGUUGUAUGACGUACUUCGAAACAUUCUCCCACUAACCGGGAGCAACUUGAACUGUAUAAACGAAGCGGCGGAAUUGGCCCUGGACAGCGUCGCUAGUAGCAUUGGGCUGAGCUCGAUACACGAGCUAAUAUCGCGAAAUCUGGAUUACAUUUCCCAGUACAUCAGUCGGUGCUUGAAAAGAUCGAACAGCUUCCCGGCUGGGGUUCACAUGCUGGAAUCGGUGCUGCGCUUCGUCCCAUACGAAUCGUCCGCCGUGCUGGAAUCCACCGUCAGUCCAAUCGUGAUGAAUAUUCUGGACGAUCAUGAUCAGCGAAUGGGGUCAGGAAGAAUACUCUGUUUGAAAGUGUUGCAGAUUUUCAUCCGCGCGAUUCGUUUUCGGUAUCAGCCAGAAAUGCAGCUAAACGAUGAGGGAAAGGACGAUUCGCCCAAUCGGACGAAGCUGGCGGAAAAAAUGGCACAACUGAAAGAGGAAAUCGAAUGCAAGUUACCACCAGAGGAAGGUGCUACGAUAGAAGAGCUCCCAGCGGAUGAUGUUGAUGAUGGCCAAGCAAUGGAGACCGAAACGGAACCAGACGGUCCUUAUCAAAGUGAGGAGGAAAAGCUUCCUCCGCACAUUCGAAUAACAAUCAAAAUUCUAACGGUCAAUUUCAAAUACCUUGCCUCCUCAGUCCUGGAGGAAAAAAUCGUCGCCCUUGGGACGCUAGAUGAGGGCAUCCAUCUGCUACGGGAGCACGAAAAUCAGCUGCUUCCGAUGGUGCAUCAGAUAUGGUUCAACUUUGCCGAACGAUUCGCCGAUCCUAGUCCGGUGGUGGUUAGCUGUGCGUUCGAUCUGCUCGUCACCUUAGCCCAGCUUGCGAAAGAUUUCAUCCGAAAGCGGACAUUGGACGACGUCCUUCCCCGGCUAAAUUCGUUCAUGCAAAGCAACAUCGGAGCCGAUUUCAGUGCCUUGCAGACGUUCAAAUUGCAGCGUACGAUCCUUACCCACAUCCCGGAGCUGGUCAGCUGGCUCAAGCUAAACGAGCGCCAGUUGGAUCAGGUACUGAACGUGACAAAGUUGUAUCUACUGCAUCGCUCAGAACGACGGGAACUGCAGCAGCUGGCGAGGACAUGUUUCGAUCGGCUGGCUGCCGAAUACGAUGCCGGUGCCGUUUUCGUUAAGUUUACCGGUGUUUAAGCUUUCUUUCAACGUUUGUCUGUAGCCGUGAUUGUUGUUGUAA